AUGCUGACCGUUGGAGCGAGCACGAUCGACAGGGAGAUCAGAGCUACAGUGAAGCUGGGGAACAAUGUGGAGCUCCAUGGGCAGUCCCUCUUCCUUACUAAGGAUUUCCAUUCACAGCAGCAACUCCCAAUCGUCGAUGCAACUGGCAAGAAUGAAUUAGCAGCCUUUUGUGCGAAAGGGUCACUGAAGAACAUUGAUGUUGAAGGCAAGAUAGUCAUAUGCCAAAUUGGAAGUGAGGGAACCGAGGAGAUGGGGCAAGAAGUGAAGAACAAUGGCGGCACAGCCAUGAUCGUGCUCAAUUACCAGCCUGGUGGAUACACUACUUUUGCUUAUGCACAUGUUCUCCCUGCAUCAUACCUCAGUUACAGGGAUGGAUUGGUACUCAAGGAUUACUUGUCCUCCACGCAAUCCCCCACUGCAACAAUCUCAUUCCAAGGUACCUUGAUUGGCAAGUCAUCACAAACUGCUCCGCGAAUCGCCUCGUUCUCUGCUCGAGGUCCUAGCCUGCAAUCUCCUGGGAUCCUGAAGCCCGACAUCAUUGGCCCCGGUGUCGACAUUUUGUCUGCUUGGGGGGUCUCAAUUGACAAUGCUACCAAACCAUUCAAAAUCGAAUCAGGAACUUCAAUGUCGUGUCCACAUCUGAGCGGGGUCGCAGCUCUGAUCAAGAGUGCUCACCCUGAUUGGUCCCCUGCAGCGAUAAAAUCGGCAAUUAUGACGACUGCCUACACCUUCGACCUCAACAACAACCCGAUCUCCACCGAGAAGAACGUUUCUGCCACGGUCUUCGACAUGGGUUCGGGUCACGUGGACGCGUCGAGAGCAUUGCACCCCGGGCUGGUUUAUGAUAUCGAGCCAGACGACUACAUUCCUUACCUCUGUGGGUUGGGUUACAGCGAGCAGCAGGUGAGGUUUAUCGUGCAGCGAAAGGUGAAUUGCUCGAGGGGAAUUACUUCGAAACCGGAGGUUGAGCUGAACUACCCGACAUUUUUUGUGACGUUGUUGUACACUGGUGAUCAAAUGACUUACACUCGCACUGUUACUAAUGUGGGUCGACCUUUCUCGACCUACUUCAGUAAGGUUUCGUCACCGGAAGGGGUUGCUGUCAAAGUCGUGCCUAGUGUGAUGAGGUUCAAGGAGGUGAAAGAGAAGGCGAGCUAUACUGUGACGUUUACCAGGUUGGAUGAGAAUGUGACAAGAAGCAGUAACGUUGGUCAAGGUUCCUUGGUCUGGUACUCUAUUGGUGAUGAUGGGUACAAGGUCGUGAGUACUAUUGUUGUCGUCUUUGUUUGA